UUUCGGGCGGCAACGAUGGCAGCGCCGCCAAUGACGACGACCUCGUCCAUGGUGCGCCCUGGCCGCGUCCGCAUCGCACCACUCGAUGGGCCCGACGAGAAGGCCUUCGUGGCGGUGAUCGCGCCGGACGUUGCGUCCGCCCGCCGGUACCUCGAGGGCCAGCCCAUGGGCAGCUACCUCCUCAUAUUCGAGUCGCCGAUUCGUUUCUGGAAGCCUGCGCGGGCGCCCAUCACGUCCCUCUCCAUUAUGGUGCGCUAUCGCACGCACCAGCAGCUUGCGCGGCUUCCGCUCGGCCCGUCGCCUUGGUUUCAGCGCACGAAGUCCUUUAUCGAGUGGCGCGUCGGGUCGGCCGAGCACGAAGUUCGCUUGUCGGCAGAUGCGUUUGCCAACGUCGCUUUCUACUGGCGCGAGUUCAUGCCGCAGGUGAGUAUCAAGGUGAGCGAGAUCUGCCAGGACGCAUCGCUCGUUGCUCCCGACGCCACCAAACCCACGAUCCUUGUGCCAACCAAGGCGCGGGGACUGGGCAUAGCGCUGCUCGUUGGCGGCGCGUCGUACCCUCUGUGCUUCAACUUUGAGGGUCGCCGCAUCGACGUGCGUUUACCGACGACGAGUGGUGCAUUUUGGUUCACCUCCAAGAGCUGGGCGAUUCCGUUUCCGUGGAACAUCACGUUCAGCGACAUCAAGGACGUUGUGUGCAUGCCAGCCAACUUUGUGCCCAAGAUGCGCCGCGCGUCGAUCGAAAACCUCAUGUACACGAGCGCCCACGCACCAGAGCCGCCACCCGCCGACGCGACCGAGCUCGACCUCCUCGUCUCGAUCCAGGUGCAUACCGAGCGCAUUCGCGAUGGCGACGGGCCGCUGCAAGCCGACUUGAGUGCGUGGCUCGACUUGCCUGGCCUCGAGGCCCACGAAAACCUCUUAAAGAAGCGAUUGGACGCGGCAGCGGCGCUCCUGUCGUUGCAGCCGCAUCGCACGGGCGGGAAGCGGGCGUGUGCGGUUGUGACGAGUACUGGCGCCAAAGCCUUCAUCGUGCGCCUCGCAGAGCUCUACGAGGCGCACUCAAUCGGCCUCGAGCAGCUGCUGCAGCUCGUACUUCUACGACUCGACGAGGCGCGAAGCGACGUGGCGUAUCUGUUUUCGAUUUUGAGCGACCUCUUUGCGCUCCAGGACGUGCCCCGCAUCUUCUUCCACAACCACGGCAUCGCACUCGUGCUCAAGCAGUACAAAACGCUCAUGAGCAACCGGGGGCCCAUGCGCUGCGAGUACGUCGUAACUACCUCGAGUGUCGCUCCGGACCUGCGCCUUACGACAACAGCCGAAGCAACCCCGAGCUGGGUCGCCCUCGCCGAGCAGGCGGCACUACGCUUUAGCCACAAGAACAUUGCGUUCGUCCGCGACGAGUACUCCAAGCUGCCGCGGACCCCGCCACGUCCGACGGCGCCUCGGGCGUCGAUCGCCCCGACUAUCGCGCCGCCCAAGCCCGUCUGCGAAGCCUGCGCCAACGACAAGACGACGCCGAUGCUCGUAACAAUCCUCGGUUUUGUGCUGCGUGCGCUCGAGCCGCUCAUGCUUCUCGGCACCGUGCUCUGCGAGCCCAAUUGGCCGCGCACGCUCGAGUUGGAAGUCCACGAGAUGCUCUAUUGGACUUCGCACGCCCAUGCAUGCUCGUCACUCCUCCCCACCUGGCUUCAGCUCUUUGAGCUGGCACAAAACAUGACCGAGCCGUGCGUGGGCGACUAUGUCGUCGCGGUUCUCGAGACGCAGUCGACGCCACCGGAGCAUCUCCUCCGUCUUCUUCCGCAGCUCCUCGCGCCGUUCAAGACGAUUUGCUGGCCCAAAGACAAAGGCCUCGACUGCGUCUUGUCCCGCUUCAGCUUGAUGAGUACCGAACUAGCCCCAGCGAGCGCGACGCCGUACUUUGAGGUUUGCGAUGCCCUGUUUGCGCGCCUCGACGCCGACAACCAAAAAGCGUUUGCGUCCUGGGCGUGGUCGCACGGGCCGCCACUGGCGCUCGCCCAGCGGCACGCCGUCAUCGUCUUUGGCGUUGACGUCAACCCGCGGUCGUCCGACGCUCGCCACGCCCAACGAGCAGCGCUCCUCAGGUGGAUUGCGCGCUGCAUGGACAUGGGGGACGAGAAUGAGGUGCCUCCCGGCCUCGACGCCAUCGUCACGUGUGUGCUGGCGACACCCUUCCCAUUCACGCGGUCCAUGACGGUGUCGGCCACGGAGGCCUACGUGGCGAUGCUGCACAUUGUGCACGUGGCGGCUCUCCGCGAGAUGCGCGUUUUGAACCGACAAGGCAUGUUUGAUGCGCUCUGGAGCUGCUUCCUCGAAGCGUUUUACCAUGGCGUGUGCGACGCCCGCAGUCUCGGUCUCUGGCGCUGCGUCACCACCCUUGCGCCAGCAUCGUCCCCGCUGCUACCGUUCGUCACCCGCGCGCUCUUUCCCUUUGUCGUUAACACCUCCGUCGCUCCCACGCCAGGGUUACUCCAGCUGCAGCACGGCAGCAGUCCCAGAAUGCCCACAAUGCCACUGACACCGACGACGACAGCCGGUGUCCCACUGCUCAACCUUGCACUUGCGCUAAAACCCUCCAAGCCUGUCAACGACAGCAGCCAUAGGAGCACGGAGGGCGACCAAGACGAAACGGUGGAUAACGAAGUGCGUGCACUGGCGCUCCUCGCAGGCGACGGACGCCAUUUUAUCGACUUUGUCGAGCUGCUGCUGUCGUACGCUGUCGACGCCAACGACGUCCACUUGCACCCGUUUGUCGGCGGGCGCUUUGCGCAGCCCAAGAAUGCCAAUGUGCUGGGGCUCGACGUGUUGUUCCACCUUCCGCGACUGCUCGCGGCCGAGGCCGACAUUCUUGACGAGUGGCUCUGCACGUACCCGCCGUGGACGGUGCCUCGGAGCGACCGGCUUCGCGCGCAAGAGCGUCUCCUUCGGCUCUCGUCCACGUCGUUCUCCAAAUCGUCGCUCUACUUUAAAGAGUUCGAGUCCAAGGCCCAAGGCGCGUUCGGGACCAUCUACAAGUGCACGGCCGAAAUACCGCUGCGCGACGCCCAGAGCCUCGCGAUCAAGCUCCUCGCGCCGCAGACGUACGCGCACGAGCGCUCGGUGGUGAGCGCUCUCUACAACGAGGUGCUCGUGCUCCAGCACCUCCGCGGCUGCGUCGCGGCCAUCCAGAUCCUCGACUACGGCGUCUCGGAGGACGGGUACUACAUCGCGAUGGAGUACGCGCCGCACAACCUCAAAGAGUGGUGGGCGAGUCACGUCUACGCGUUUCCCGACCCGUUCAACGUGCUCAUGACCAUCUUUGGCGAGGUCUGCAGCGCGGUCGCGGCCAUCCACGCGACCCACGUGACGCAUCUUGACAUCAAGUGUGAGAAUGUGCUGCUUCGCGAGGCGUACUGGCCGGGGAACGCAACGUUCGACCUCUGCAUGGGCGACUUUGGCGAGUCGUUCGUCAAUGCGACGCCGCGCAACCCUGAAUUCGACUGCCUCCACACACGGGGCACCGAGGCCAUAAGGAGCCCCGAGAUGCUCGAUACGACGACCAAGAUCAGCGCCGCCGCCGACAUUUGGGCGCUCGGCUGUCUCCUCUACGAGCUCCUAACCGGCCAGCUCAUGUUUUGCUACGACGACUGGUCCGAGUUUUACGCGCAUCUCAAACACUCGUCCGCGUCGAUCGUGACGCCGACGCACGAAGCUACGCUCCGGUCGAGCCUGAGCAACUUCAACGGCAACGUCGACGCCCACACGCAGGUGGUUUGCCAGCUCCUCCGCUUCAUCCUCGUGCGGUCGGCAGCUGGGCGCCCGACGCUGAGCGCGAUCCAGCGCCUCGUGAGCACCCUCCAAGCCGACACGUCGUCGCUACUGAGCAAGAAAAGUGCGCCCGCGCCGCUGCUCGCACCGUCGACGCUCGAGGCCAUAAGCCACCGCAUCCGCAUCGACUAUGGCUGCGUCGCGUCGAAAAAGCCAACUCGGUUCCAGCUCCACGACCGCCUCUUCGUCGCGACGACCGCCGACGCGGUGUUGGCGACCGACGUCAUCGUGCGCUUUGCGGCUGACGCGAGCAGCUACGUCCCCCUUGUGGCGCCGCCGCGGCGCCAGGCAACAACGACGCUCGACGACGAGAACGAUGCGGCGCUCGAUGAGCGUGCGAGCGAGAUAGACGACCACUACAUGGCACAGCUAUUCGGUCUCUCGCCCAAGAUUUGCCGGCGGCUCUGGGAGCUGCACGUCGCCCGCACCAAGACAGCGGUGCUCCUGGCGCCCCCCGACUUGGUGCCGGCGCUCCUUGUUAUUGUUUACAUGUUCAAGAUGACGUUUUUCGGGCUCUCGGGCUUUGAAGCCGUCAAGGAAGCGCAGCGCGCAAUCAACCCAUACGCAGGCUACACACCGUCGCCAAAGGCCCUCGCCCACCUCUUUCUCUGGGAGGAGACGCGGGAGCGCACGACCCUGCACGACGCCGCCGUCGCCUUUCAGUGCUUUUGCGGACAGUGCAGCCUCGAGCUCACGACGAUCUCGACGGUCGUGUGCUGCGAUGCGCAGAAACCGUGUGCUCUCUGUGCAUAUGUCGACCAACAGCUGAAGAACGCGCUGGCAGCGACCUACGGUGGCGCCUUCUCUGUGGCGUGGCUCCUCGCGUCGACGAUCGAGCCGCGCGAUUUGGCCCACCUCCCGUCGCGGGCGGUGCCCGAGCUUCUCGGCGACUUGCCCGAGUGGAGUGUCUACGGCUGCAGCGUUUGCCGGUGCAUCACGCAUGCGGUCGACAAGACGACGCGGACGACCCGGCACGUGGCCGCGAUCCCAGCGGGCCUGUCAUGGCGGUCGGCGCAGCGCCAGUACUACUACCAGCGCGUUGCACCGUAAACUCAAAAGGUCGUAAGACGUACAACAGAGAUUAUUUAUUACGAGGA